CCGUUCGACGACGCCGUCAAGCGCACAAGGUUCCGCUCUUGAAGCUUCGUCCGGCGCUUAAAACCUUCCCCUUCGCUUUCUCGCUCUCCAGCUGCGGGAAUCUACUGAAACAUCCAAAUCUUCGAUUUAUACGUGCAGAGUUUGAUUUCUUCGGCAGAUUUGUGACUUUUCGUUCGUUCUGGUUGGGAAAGAUUCGAUUUUUAGGGCAUCGAUUCUAGAUCGGUUUGUCUCGAUCUUGGAUCUCCAGUAGGGUUCUUCUUUCUUUGUUGCUGCGGUGGUCUUCUUGUUGUAGGAUACAGCAGCGAUGAGCAUGGAGACGGCUUCGCCGCAAUGGUGUCGUCGCUGCUGUCGCUUCAUCUCCGUUGGGCCGGACGCCGUCGUUUGCCCGGAUUGCGGUGGCGGCUUCAUGAAUGCAUAUGGCCUUUUCCAUCCCUCCUUUGCGGUGGCUGCCGAGCCUCGCCGUCGACGCUUCCCCUCCCCGGUGAUCGACUCUGCCGCUGCCGACGGGCGGCCACACCAGCACUCGGGGAUUAGGUUCCGUAGUAACAGUCGUCCGUCCACGAGCGACCGAUCUCCUUUCAAUCCCCUCAUCGUUCUUCUCGGUCCCGGAGGCUCACGACGCGAUGCGGAUCGGGAUACCAUCAACAGUUUUGAGAUGUACCACUACGACGGCACAGGGUCGGGCCUCCGCCCCUUGCCAGAAAACAUGUCGGAUUUCUUGAUAGGCUCCGGGUUUGAGAGGAUACUCGAUCGCCUUUCUCAGAUGGAGACCAAUGGAACAGGCAGCAGGCAUGUGUUCGGUCACCCGCCUGCUUCAAAGUCUGCCGUCGAGUCUAUGCCCACAGUCGAAAUUGCUGACCUUCAUGUUACCCUGGAAUUCCAUUGCGCCGUCUGCAAGGAUCCCUUCGAGCUCGGAGCUGAGGCCCUCGAGAUGCCCUGCAAGCACAUCUACCAUCAAGAUUGCAUCUUGCCAUGGCUCGCCCUAAGAAAUUCCUGUCCAGUUUGCCGGCAUGAGAUGCCGAUGGAUGUGCAGCGACCAGAUGCGGACGAAGACGCCUCCUUGUCUGGGAACGAGGACGAGAUGGUCGGGCUUACCAUAUGGAGGCUUCCGGGAGGUGGGUUUGCGGUAGGCAGAUUCACAGGGGACAGGAGAGCUGCUGAAGGGGAGUUUCCAGCCGUUUACACAGAGAUGGAUGGCGGAUUCAAUACUAAUGGGGCACCAAGAAGGAUAGCAUGGUCCUCGAGAGAGAGCCGAUCACAGCAUCAUCGAGGAUUCAGUCAGGCAUUCCGCAGUGUGCUUUCAUUCUUCAGGCGUUUGAGGUCUUCUACUCCGAUAUCUUCAACCAGGUUAAAUCCCAAUUCCCAAUCUUUCUCAAACCCUUCUGUUAGACACAGGAGAUCUUCCAUGUUCAGGAGGAGUCUGAGAAGCCGCAGCACAAAUUCGACACCAAAUGGUGGAACUGUCGAUUCACCAUGAUGCUGAUGGAGAACUCUCGACAUCUAAUUCCACAGUGAACAUGGACGACGUAAAGAGUGUAGCAUCUUCUGUUAGCUAUCCUCCAUCAUACAUGGCACCUCUAUUGCUCUUGAACACACAGAAGAGGCUUUAUUUUCUUUAGGUUAGCCGUUCAACAUUUUCUACAUGUAUGUGUUUACUUUAGAAGAAAAAAAAAUCAUAUAUUCAUUAAUCGUUUUAUGGGUUCACAAAUGAUCUGUCUGUAUCAUUGUCUUUGGAGUUAGAUUCAGUAGAUUCUAACAUCUACAUGCUAAAAUGUGAUUUGUAGAAAACAUGCUGCACUGCACAUUUAAGAUUGGCUUAAUUAGUGGUGUAAAGCUAAAUGCAUUGCUUAUUUCUAGCUAAGACACUUUAUCUGGAACUAUGGUUCAUUAACUAGAUUACAAUUUUAUGUGUAAGAAAUAAUAGACCAAUUGUGCAACCUCUCGAUCACCGAGCGGACUACUGGGUAACUUCUGCGAGUAUUCGUGCUAUCAGAUAUACUGACACAUUGUACCAGAACUGUAAUUUAUCUAGCAUCGCAAGGUGGUUGUUUUUCUCUUAUGAAUCUUCUUGUGUUCAUAGCAAAGAACUGAAGUUAUAUGCCUUCCCCUAUUUGUGGAAAUCUUAUUACCUUGUUGUAAGAAAUAAUGGACCAACCGAGCAACCUUUUGAUCACCAAGCGGACUAUUGGGUGACUUAUGUGAAUACUCGUGCGAUCAGAUAUACUGCCACAUUGUUCCAGAACUGUAGUUUAUCUAGCAUCACAAUAGUCAAUUGUUGUUUUUCGUUUUUUAUGAAUCUUCUUGUGUUCAUAGCAAAGAACUGAAGUUAUAUAUGCCUUCCCAUAUUUGUGGAAUUCUUAUUAUACCUUGUCGUCUCCCAGUUACGACAAUCUUAUUUAUUAAAGCUUCAAGCUUGACAUGCCACUUCAUUUUAACUUUACAGAUAACCUUCAUAUUUCAUAUCAUGUCUUGAGAUUAUAUAACGCAAUUUUUUUCUGCUCAAAUUCUUUGCUUUCUCUCUGUGUGAAUUUUAUCAUCAUGUUUCAACCUGAGGUUCUCUUGCUUUAUUACUUCAAAAUGGUCUUCAAUUCUUAUGGAGUUUGAUGGAUUGGAGUGUUGGUGCAACCUUAGGUCAAGGUUGACCUGGUUGACCCGACUCGAGGUGACUUGACUCGAGUUGUAU